GAGACGAACGCAGACAAAGAGCAUAUAAUCACUUGAACGCAGACACCCAGAGACGAACCAAUCCAAUUUAAACCGUGUAACUUAUUUGAUUUUGUUAUUUAUGAGUUAAAGUUUCUAAAUGACAAGACACGCUAGAAACUGUACUGCCGGGGCAGUUUACACGUAUCACGAGAAGAAAAAAGACGCAGCAGCAUCCGGUUAUGGAACCCAAAGCGAACGCGUAGGCAAGGACUCUGUUAAGAACUUUGACGACUGCAGCCUGACUUUGCAGCCUUGCAGGAACCCUGUCAUCACUAAGGAAGGCUAUCUUUUCGACAAGGAAGCUAUCCUGGAAUACGUGAUUUCUAAAAAGACUGAAUACACGCGUAAGCUGAAACACUAUGAAAAGCAGUUAAAAAAAGAAGAGAACGAAAAAAAUGAGCUCGUGGCCGCUGAAAAAGAGGCAAACCUUAUCAAGUUCAUGAAUAGAGAAAAGAAUAUAUCCAGCUCUAAAUCAAAAAACUCCGAAAGUGGACCCUCAUCAUCUAAUUCUGUAUCAAAUCUCUCUAAUGGCAAAGACAAGCAUUUACCUAGUUUCUGGGUACCUACAAUGUUGCCAGACGCUAAGAUUUCUAAAGUUGAGAAGCCUGACCCAACAGUGUACUGUCCAAUCAGUGGAAAACCCUUGAAAAUGAAAGACCUGAUUGAAGUGAAGUGGACAUUGGUACCAGACCGUGAUGAUAAGAAGUCUUUAAUUGCGAAAGAAAAUAGAUACAUGUGCCCUGUGACACAUGAUAUCCUGAGUAAUGCUAUUCCAUGUGCAGUAAUCAGAACAACUGGUCAUGUAGUGACAAUGGAGUGUGUUGAAAACCUGAUAAAGAAGGACUGGGUGCACCCCCUCACAGGAGACAAAUUGAAGGAAAAGGACAUUAUUCCCUUGCAGCGGGGUGGCACAGGCUAUGCCCUCACUAACCAAAACCUAGAAGGCAAGAAUGAGAGGCCUGUGUUGCAGGCCUGAACUAGUGAACUUUAUACAUCAUCAGUUGAUGUACUUACUAAACUUACCAACUACUAGUUGACAUACUAUUUUUUUUUCAUGUUUCAAUUGCAUACUGUUCAUAAGCAUAUUAUAAGUUUUGGUAAAUUAUUUUCUCGGUGAAGUCUUUAAAAUUCGCAAGUGGAACAUUAUUAUUUUCUUGGUAACUUUUUUACAGUAUAAAUUAACAAUAAUAGGAGAUCCAUAGUGGUUUUCAUAUUGAUUGAAUUCCUUGACUAAAGUGUAAUACCAAAUUGAUGACAGCACAGCUUGGGAAAACAUGUGUACCAUUUUACCCCAUGUCCCAAAUUCAUGGUGGCACUAAGUUUUACAAUGAAACCUCGAAAUAGCUUACAAGGAAAGGUACCCAACUGUCUGGUUCCGAUUUGAUUUAUAUAUGUUAUAGAGUAGUCUAAAAUAACAGACACUUUUUUAGCUGCCCAAACUCAACCUAUUGAGGGAAAUUGUCCUCCAAAGUAUUAAAAUAUUACUAAAUCUUCUAACUCCUAUACAAAGUGAUGCUCAAGCAACUUGCUAGUUAAUGGCUAGUUUGAGUAUACGUUUGAGAGCAAGAAAAAAUAAUGAAAACGUGUUUUGUUAUAUCUGCUUAAACUCAAGUUUCACAUGAAUCACUGAAUGUGUAUGUACGUCACGCAAGUGCAUACAUACUUCCAAAGAGUAAACUAAGUAUAUAUGUAGUUGUGUGCAAUAUAAUAGCAGUACAUAAGAAAAUGUAAAUUAAGGGAAAACUAUAACUGUAGAUCAAUAAUACUGUAUCUUUUUAUAUAAUUAUUCUGCAUUACUUGAUAUUGUUUCAAAAUUAACUGUAACCUUUACUUAAAUGAUAUUGAAAGUAAAAAAAAUAUCAUGAAAAUCGGCUGUUUUUACUAAGUUGCGGAAAUUGCUAUAAAAACGUAAAACCCUACGAGAAAAAUACAAUUGUGUACUAGAAUUGUAAUUUAGAAUAUUUCCUAUUAUUUCCAAUCAAAGCUUUACAUCGAAACCCAAGUCAUCCAGAAAAUAAUAAACUUUUCUAUAAGACGAUCUUCGUCGCAGAGUGUACUGCUAUUAUAUUGCACACAACUGUACAUACAUCCAUGCAGGGAUGUCUUAGCAGCUACUAUAUGUGUAUGUAUGUAUAUAGCAAUAAAUAUCUGGCUAAUGUAAUAAACAUUGUAAACCUAGCUUGAUUACAUAGGUAUGAUUUGUGUGUUAUAAGGCUAUGGUUUAUAUUAUCACUCUUGCCACAUUAACCAUUUAACAUUACUUUCUAGUCAUUAGGCGGGUCCACACAGAGCGAGCAUGCGUGCGAGACAAUUUCCUGGCGCACAAAACGGCCAGUGUAGACGUGCCUCGGCCGACGCAGGGCGCACGUUUUCCUCGCCCGAGCGCGACCUUCGCCGAGCCGCUCGGUGUCGGUUUUUCGGCAUGUUCAGUUCAAAGGCGCCCGUGUCGUUUACCGCGCGCUGGUCGGGACGUGUUUGUUUGGUUCGCGUGGUUAUUUUGUUCCGUACAUCAAAUUGGAAACCAAUGUUGCAAAUUAAUAUUCUUUUACGUAGCAAAUACAUGAUAUGGGAUGCUAGAGAUCCCAACUAUACGAAAAGGGGAAUUAGAGAGGAUUGAUGUUUUGAUUAUAAAUUUAAUAAAUCAGCAAGAGAUUGGUGUACGAGUCUUCCAUCGCUAAAUAUCGCUGCGUGGGAAGCACCAUCUGCCUGAAAGUGAUACCUUUCUUCAAUGGGUGUCUUGCCAUUUAAGUUUUAACAUUUACAUAUGUAUCUAAGGACGGGCCUUACGAGCACUAAGAAUGGCGCUAGUUCAGUGGUGUCACCCAAUCGUGCAAUUGGCUCGAAUUGUGUGCUGCACCGCUGUACUGGCCCCAUUCUUAUUGUCUGUAAAGCCCGUCCUUAGAUAUAAUUGUGAACAUAACAAGUCGAAUCAGUCUUUAUUUACAAAUGCGUUUAAAAUUCGUCUUGACUACAUUUUCUAACCUCAAAAGAGCUGAUUUCCGUAUCGUGAUUGAUAUUUACUUAUAGAUUUGUUGCACCUAAAAUCUCCUGCAACUCUAUUCGUUUUUCUUUUGGAUUUCUUUGAAAAGCAAAAUAAAACAUACACGAGGCACGGCAGUGAAUAUGUGCAGCACCAUUUUGAACAGCUGACUGAGGGACGCCAUCUUGCCGAGCAAAUUGGCUCGGCCGAGGCGAACGUGCUGAGGCAAGUUACACGAGCACGCGGCCGCGCGUGAGGCCGUCGUUUGCCGCGCGAGGCUGCUCGCUCUGUGUGGACCAGAGACAUGUCAGUCGCUUCGCUUGACAGACAGAUGAAGUGUGCGAAAGGGAAGCCAUGACGUAUAUGAACAAGCCAUAAGUGCGAAAGAGGCAGACUACAUAUGAGAAAACUUAACCAAUUUUGAGUUCGAAGGCGGCCGAGGCGGCCAGAAUCAUAUUGCCGUAUUUUUUAACGUGAAAAAUAUAAGAGAAUCAAAAAGAAAAAUAUAUAUUAAGUAAUUUAGUGACGAUGGUGUCAUGUUGUGUGCCGGGUUGUAGUGUUUCAGGGCCAAAAAACCCAGGAAAAUACUCAUUUCACAGGUAAUUAUGAUAUUCCUAGCGAAAUUUUCGUGACGAUAUUUUAUCAAAUGAACAGCAUAAAAAGUGUAAAAAACCAAUUUAUACAGUUCAUUAUAAGUUUUUCUUCAAUUGUGUGUUAAUAUUUCAUCAUAUUAGUCAAUAUUUUAGAAUAUUUUGUGUAUUUCUAUGGUGUGGACCCGCCUCUACGAUUUCGAACCGUAAUUCUUAUAGUAGAGAUGCAUUUUGUUUUAAGUAUGAUGGCAAGAUGUUGCCGCUACGGACUAAAGGGUUAAUUUCAGGGUGACCAACAAAAAGAUAGGAUAAAGACAAACAAAUGUGUAAGAAAUUCUACUUAAAUUAUUUUAUUGUAAAUAAACAUUACUUAUUUAUCA